GGCACACGCUUGGGCAAAGAGACAACCUCUGUAAGGCAGGGCUCGGCUGCUUGUCCUUUGGGGGAGGACUUGACUGACAACUCACUGCCCCACACAUUUAGUGUGACAAAGCAGCCAUCCAUAAAAAUGACUGCAAAAGCAAUGGCUGCAAGAAAGAAAGUACUCGCUCCCUCGACUCCGGACCCUCUGAAGGCACCUCCUUCGUAUAAAAGAGGUGUUGUCCCUAGGUACCUGCGGUCUCAGAAGAAAGAACAACAGAAAGGAGAUGAAGAGUUAUUUGAUUCCCAACAAGGAUACAUUCCUCUCCCAAAUGACACUAGGAAAGAAGUGCUUACAUUGCUCAGGAAAAGUUUUGCCGAUUUGGCUCAUCAGCUAAACAUGCUGCCACUUCGACCGCCAAACCUAGAGAUUCGAGAAAGGAGAAUGGACAUUGAGAAGCAGCUGGAUAAACUAGAAGAAGCAAUUCAAGUAUUUUCUCAGCCUGAAGUAUCUGUGAAACUUGCACUUCACAAAAGGAGUGCGAAAAGUGUCUGAGUAAAGGAGCACAGUGUUACCUACAGUUAACAGACAGUUUACUGCCUGUCCCAAUCAGGCAAGAAAAACGUAAGAACUGUUGCAUUUUAACAUAUCAAGUAAUCUAUUGUUCCUGUGUCCCCUGUAACCAGUGUCACGAAAGUUCCCAUUGUCUUCACACAAGAUCGAUGUGUGUAUUAU